AUGAACUUCAGGGGCGAGAUUCGGGAGUUAAAAAAGCAAAAUGCAGAAAAGGAUGCCAAAAUCAAAAUGCUGGAGACUAGAGUAACUGAUAUGGAGCAGUACUCUCGCGUCAAUGACGUUAUCAUAACCGGCUUGGAAUCACGACAUCGAUCCUACGCCAGAGCCACGGCUGGGGCAUCUGGCGAAGAUUUGUCUGACGCGGAGUUAAUAUCACUGGAGCAACAAGUGCUGCGCUUCUUUGAUAGGAAGGCGCGCUACCUGAGGAAGCAAAACAAGAUCCAAGUGACGUGGGUGAGAGAUUGUAAAGUGUUUGUGAAACUUCUGGGCUCGCCUGAGGAUGCGAAAGUGCUCGUCGUCCUUAAAAAGCUAUUUGAUGUUCGAUCUGAGCUUGUAAAGAGGAUUUCUUUAGAAGUCCUGACUCAGCUACUUGAUGGCCUUCGAACAGAUCGUGUUUUUAAUACUUUGGAGAAACAGGGAAUACUUGAAGAGAACGCAGCCACAGCAAACAAGGCCCGCUGCACUAUAGAUGAUGUGAUGAAGAAAGGACAGGAGGCCAGCAGAAAGAUGAUCCAACGUCUUCAGCUCAUCGAUCCUACACUAUCACGUGAACUGGGUUUGCCUUCUUCUUCUGUUCAAUCAGAUGCUGAUAGUCGGUGUCAACGUGACCUUAAAUGUUCUCUAAAGAAGAAGCUUGAAUGUGUCUAUGAAGGUGUUGCUAAACCUGGAGAGAAAACUUUAUUGAAUGAGAUCUACACAGAGCUUUACAUCACAGAGGGAAGUACUAAAGAGAUCAAUGAUGAACAUGAGGUCAGAAGGAUUGAAACAGCAUCCUGGCAAAAAAAAAGACCAAGAAGAACAAUCAGACUCAAAGACAUCUUCAAUCCACCUGGAGGAAGGGAUCGGAUCCGAACCGUGAUGACGAUGGGUGUGGCUGGCAUCGGGAAAACAGUCUUAACACAGAAGUUCACUCUGGACUGGGCUGAAGGCAGAACCAACCAGAACAUCCAGUUCAUAUUUCCACUCACCUUUAGACAGCUGAAUGUUUUGAAAGAGGAAAAGUUAAGCUUGGUGGAACUGAUUCAUAAACACUUUAAACCAAUCAGAGAUGCAGGGAUCCACAGCUUUGAAGAUUUCCAGGUUCUGUUCAUCUUGGAUGGUCUGGACGAGAGUAGACUUUCUUUUCACCAAAAUAAGAUCCUGACUGAUGUUACAGAGUCCACCUCAGUGGAUGUCUUGCUGACUAACCUCAUCAGGGGGGAACUAUUUCCGUCAGCUCUCCUCUGGAUAACCACACGACCUGCUGCAGCCAAUCAGAUCCCUCCUGAAUCUAUUGGCAUGGUGACAGAGGUCAGAGGGUUCACUGACCCACAGAAGGAGGAGUACUUCAGGAAGAGGUUGAGAAAUGAAGAGAAGGCCAGCAGGAUCAUCUCCCACAUUAAAAGAUUAAAAAGUCUCUUCAUUAUGUGUCACAUUCCUGUCUUCUGCUGGAUCACUGCUGAUGUGCUCGAGGGUUUAUUGGAGACCAGAGAAGGAGGAGAGCUGCCAAAGACCCUGACUGGCAUGUACAUCCGCUUCCUGAUGCUUCAGAUAAAAAAGAUGGAAGAAAACUACUGUGGAGGAGCUGGAAAAGAUGCAGACAUCAGAAGGAUGGUUCUGUGUCUGGGAAAAUUGGCCUUUGAGCAGCUGCUGGAAGGAAACCUAAUCUUCUAUAAACCAGAGCUGGAAAAGUGUGGCAUCGACAUCAAAGAUGCUUCAUGGUUCUCAGGAGUGUUCACUGAGAUCUUUAAAGAGGAGAGAGGGAUGGACAACACCUCAGUCUACUGCUUUGUUCAUCUGAGCUUCCAGGAGUUUCUGGCUGCAGUCUACAUACUCCAUUGCUUCAUCAGCAGAAACACAAAAGUUCUUAGGAACUUAUUUGGUGUUUUCUACAUAUGCUCAUCUCAGGAAGAUUUCCUGAAGAGAAUCAUGAGGAAAUCCUUCAGGAGUAAAAAUGGCCACCUGGACCUGUUUGCCCGCUUCCUUCAUGGCCUCCCUGUGCAGUCCAACAAGAGCCUCUUAGGAUGUCUGCUAGGUCAAAUGAAACUUAGUCCAGGAACCAUCCAGAGAACCAUCAAUAAUCUGAAGGAGAUGAAUGCUGUUGAUGUCUCUCCUGAUAGAAGCAUCAACAUCUUCCAUUGCCGCCUGGAGAUGGAGGACCUCUCAGUUUAUCAGGAGAUCAAACAAUUCCAGAAAUCAGGGGAGAAGCUCACAGAGAUCCAGUGCUCAACUCUGGCUUACAUGCUGCAGAUGUCAGAGGAGGUUCUGGAUGUGUUGGACUUGAAAAAGUAUGACACAUCAGAGAAUGGACGAUGUAGACUAGUUCCAGCUGUGAGGAACUGCAGAGAGGCUCGGUGA